AUGCCCGAAGUCACUGGAAAUAUCGAGGGGGAGUCUGGCAGUGACUCAGACCAGCCUGAGUAUGGCUUGGGUUUUAAGUUGAUGGAGCUGGUAGUAGACGGUACUCGUAGUUGCUCCGAGUACUAUCCCAGUGAUCGAGUCCAAUGUUGGACUUCCGAGUCAGUUGCCCUUGGAAUAAGCCAAACUUCAACUUUCCUUCCGGCCGCCCAGUUGACAGUUGAUUCGGAAGUGAACGGUUGGAGCCUACGACAUGAAGUCAAGAUACUCCUGCCAGUGGUGCGACGUGUACAUGAUUAUCUAAAGACAGCAACCGACAUGGCAGAAAAGUGCAUAUCGAGCUCUGGAAAUUUUUCAUGUGCACCACCCACUACCGAGGGAAUUGCCGACAAUCAUAUUUCGAAAGCUUCCCGUCCAUCGGUAGAAUUAGGGGUCCUCGACUGGACAAUAAUUUUAGCUGGUAUCGGCGUUGGCGGGCAACAUUUGAGGCGCACUUGGUUGGAUAAUGACGAGAUUCGCUUACUGACACGAGGCAGGAAUGCUAUGGCCCGACCAUCCAUUCCAGCAGGGAGAGGUGCCAAGCCUGGGCAAGCCCCCCAAGUCCAGUUGUGCGGGCUUUAUCGAAGUGCCUAUAUCAUCGGAUCGCAAGAUCUAGAUGGGCCACAGAAAAGAGAAGCGAAGGCUAUGCAUCGUCGAACACGCUCUAGCUCAAACUGUAUGACUAACCUGCUGUACGAGCUGAUGAUCUUCCGGCUAUCAUACCCAGGUGUAUUGGGCAGUACUAUGCACCGCAUUGCCCCGGUCACUUCCGCCAACAGCCAUACAUCAUUGGAAGACUCGGCGGAGCACCGCGGGUUGGAAAUAAUCUGGAUUUGA